AACGCACUACGUCAUGUAUAGUCAUAAUGUGCCUCCCCGUGAUUGGGUUUUGUACUUGAUCUCAGCGAAUCCGAGAUAAGACAAUGUUAUCAAUAUUAAUGAGGAGCCUGAGGCGUUUUGCUCCAAUGGACGAAAGGCUGUAAGCACCGCAUUCUGUGUGCCGGGGCCGGAGACGUCAGAACGGCUUAGCGUGGCAUACGGUACCGCAUUACCGACGGCGGCCGAGCUCUGUGGAGUGGACACUUGUGUUGACAAGUUAUUAGAUUUUUUGAUAAAUACGAGUCAACGUAAUGCGACAUUGAAGGUGUCCAGUUCGAGGGUGUUGGGUCGGAAGGGGAGGAGAAGAAAAGGCCAUGGAGUUGUCGGACGGCCUGCUGCUGCAGGUCAACAACGGCGAGCAGUGGUGCAACCGCUGGAAGCGGCCCAAUGAUGACUCCGACCGCAGCACCAGUCCGUCAGUCCUGCGCUGCGUGGCCACCACGUGGAAGGAGGGGCUUCUGAACAGGAAGAGGCCCUUCGUCGGCCGCUGCUGCCACUCUUGCACGCCGCAGAGCUGGGAGAAGCUGUUCAACCCGAGUAUUCCGUCGCUCGGCCUGCGUAACGUCAUCUACAUAAACGAGACCCACACCAGGCAGCGCGGCUGGUUGGCACGGCAACUGAGCUAUGUGCUCUUUGUCAUGGAGCGGGACGUUCACAAGGACAUGUUCCCCCGCAAUGUGGUGGAAAACGUGCUGAACAGCAACAGUGUGGAGAGUGCCGUCUUGAGCGUGGCCGCUGAUUUGGACGAGGCUGCCGUCGCCUCCAGCCGGCCCUGUUCUGAACGCGGCAAGUCGGUCAGGAAAAGUCAAGCAGAAGCCCGGCGCUGCCUCCAGCAGAUGGUGGCCAGCGUGUCGCCCGCCUUCAUCAGGCUGACAGGCUGGGUUCUGCUGAGGCUCUUUAAUGGUUUCUUCUGGAGCAUUCAGAUCCACAAGGGCCAGCUGGAAAUGGUCAAAAAAGCAGCGGUAGAGGUCAGGGCGCAAACGCUCCAAAUGGUCUUCCUGCCCGUCCACAAGUCCCACAUCGACUAUCUCCUCAUCACGCUCAUCCUCUUCUGUCACAACAUCAAGGCGCCGCACAUUGCCGCCGGCAACAACCUCAGCAUCCCCAUCCUCAGCACCCUGAUCCGAAAGCUGGGAGGCUUCUUCAUACGGCGCAAAAUGGAGGAGUCCGGGGACGGCAAGAAAGAUAUUUUGUACAGAUCGCUCUUAUACGCUUACACAGAAGAGCUGUUGCGUCAGCAGCAGUUCCUGGAGGUUUACCUGGAGGGCACGCGCUCCCGCAGUGGCAAAAUGUCCACAGCGCGCGCCGGCAUGCUGUCCAUCGUGGUGGACGCGCUGCACUCGGGCGCCGUCGGCGACGUGCUGGUGGUGCCGGUGGGCAUCUCGUACGACCGCAUCAUCGAGGGCAACUACAACAGCGAGCAGCUGGGCAAGCCCAAGAAAAACGAGAGCUUGUGGGGAAUAGCGUGCGGCGUGUUCAGGAUGCUGAGGAAGAACUACGGCUGUGUCCGCGUUGACUUCAACCAGCCCUUUUCCUUAAAGGAGUACCUGGACAGCAGGAGCCGCCAUGUGGCCCCCCCGCUGUCCCUCGAGCACUCCUUGAUGCCCACCAUCAUUGAUGCGCAGCCCGACGCUCAGCUGUUUGACCGUCAGGAGGAGGCCCUGCAGAACAGAGAGCUUCCCGAAGACCUGUGCCGACGACAGCUCAUUAACAACCUGGCCAAGCACGUUCUUUUCACGGCUAACAAGUCGUCCGCCAUCAUGUCCACGCACAUCGUGGCCUGUUUGCUGCUCUACCGACACAGACAGGGCGUGGCGCUCUCCAAGUUGGUGGAGGACUUCUUCAACAUGAAGGAGGAGGUGCUGUCGCGUGACUUUGACCUGGGCUUCUCGGGCAACUCUGAGGACGUGGUGAUGCGCGCCCUGCACCUGCUAGAGAACUGCAUCGCCGUCACCGGCGGCGCCAACCGCAACGGCGAGUUCACCAUCGCACCCGGCCACACCGUGCCGGCCCUCUUCGAGCUCAACUUCUACAGCAACGGCCUCUUCCACGUCUUCAUCGCCGACGCCAUCGUCGCCUGCAGCAUCCUGUCCCUGCAGCGGGAGCAGGCGGCCGAGUUUGAGUUGUCGUUGCCGGCGUCAGCACGAGAUCCCGACACCGCGGCCGCCGGUUCUCCGCUCAGUCAGGAGAAGCUCAUCCGCAAGGCCGCCGGCCUCUCGCACUUCCUGGUCAAUGAGGUGGCGGUGGCGUCGCCUUGCCAGACUAUUUACCAGGUGUUCCACGAUGCCGUCACCCGCCUCAUCCAGUACGGCGUCCUCUAUGUGGCUGAGGAGGACCAGGAGGAACUUAGCCCCAGUCCCACCGAAGAACCUUGGCCCCAAAAGUUCCCCGAGCCGCUCUCCUGGAGGAGCGACGAGGAGGACGAGGACAGCGACUUUGGGGAGGAGCAGCGGGAUCGCUAUCUGAAGGUGAGCCUGUCGGCAGAGCACCGGGAUUUCUUUGUGUUCCUGCAGCGGCUCCUCAGCCCCGUCCUAGAGGCCUACGGCGGCGCCGCCAUCUUCGUGCACAGCUUGAGUCAGCCCAUGGCCGAGCCAGAGUACACGCAGCGCCUCUUCCGAUACCUGCUCACGCGCACCGAGAGGAGGAUCGCUGCUUACGGUGAAAGUGCAACUCAUUACCUGGUGAAGAACACAGUGAGGACAUUCAAGGAUCUCGGGGUCCUCAAGGAGCGACGAGAGGAGCGUGUGACCACGCUGGAGCUGAGCGCCACCUUCCUACCUCAGGCCAACCGCAACAAACUGCUGCAGUACAUUUUAGGCUUCUGCCUGCUGUGAUCCCCAAACCUCGUCGCUUCAGGCUCCCCUCCGACGUCACAUAAGGGCUUCUUACUGGUUCUCUCAAAUAUAUGAUUCUAGGUGCUACCAGGAAGUGCCUUCAUAAUUUACAUUAGCAGUACAGCUCCAUAUAUCCAGUAGGCAGCCAAGCUGUCUUUUACAGAAGGCAUCCAUAAGAAGCGAGUAGAAGAGCUGUCGGGCGCGGCGUCGUAGUGCGCAAUCUAGUCUAGUCGUGCACUUUGCUAACCUGUCAAAUCAUUUGGGCUGUACUCAAGAAGCCUUUGAAAGAGCACUGUAGCCUUGUUUCCUCUUAUUGUCACAUUAUCGCAGAGCCAAUGUGGGUGGCGCUCCAAUGUUGUUUUUACCAUCAACUUUCAUUUCUAAGAUGUCACCCAAAUAUAAAAUCAAGUUUUAGCAGAUUUGGAGGGUUAGUUAGUAGUAGUAGCUAGUAUAACUUUACUGGAGGUGAAUCAUUUCCCAGUUUUCCGGUACCCGCCGUGGUACGUUGCCUAAUGGGUGAAACGACUCUGCAUGUUCCCAUAGCAACUAUGAGGACGGCGGCAAAUGAGACUGCUGAUUAUUUUGUUGUUGGUAGUGGUAUUAGUUUAUUUUAACACAUGGCCACCUCACAACAGGUCUUAAAAAGUAGCAAAUGUGUCUAAAGCAACAGAAGGUGUGCGUGGAAGGUCCAAGUAAGUCUACUGAAAGAUUUUCUUGCAAGCAUACAUGGUUAUUUAAUCUUUCAACCUGCACGUAUUGAUGCAGAUUUGUACAGUAGGGCGGCGGCAUGUAAAAGGACAAAACGUACAUAGAUGUUUGAAUGAGUUGGAAUGUGGCAGACAUUUUGUGAAGUUCAAUGCCACUUUUAUGUCUUGUACUGCAUGUUUGCUCUCAAGGUAGACUUUGUGUUGUAUUUAAUGGUCCCAAGUCUGUGAAUUAUGUUGAGGAAGAGUCCUGAUGAAUGUAUUGUGUUGUCAUGAUUGUCCAAAACUCAGGUGGACUUGCUGUGUGGACAAAGGAAUAGGGACGCCUGGCCUUGACUGGAAGUCAAAACGAAGACAAUAACAUCACACGACUGGAGGCUUCACGUCAGCUACUGGUCGUCUAUCUGCAUAUCUCGAAAGAGUAAACAUUCAAUCACAACAAAGUAACAAGUUGGAUGGCAGUCUGCUCGUUGCAGAGUGGUGGAGUGGUCGGCCAGAGGGACGAGUGGUGGAGUGGUCGGCCAGAGGGACGAGUGGUGGAGUGGUCGGCCAGAGGGACGAGUGGUGGAGUGGUCGGCCAGUGGGACGAGUGGUGGAGUGGUCGGCCAGUGGGACGAGUGGUACUCCAUGCCUGGACCUGAGACA